AUGUUAGAGCCGUCGUCUUCUGAAGAUGAGGGCGAAGACAACAUUGCCAUCGAAGACGACACUUCUGCCAGUCUGUCGGUGUCGACCAUCAGUCGCAAUGAUGUGCCCAUACAUUCACCACAACCACCACAGCAACAGCAACAACAGCACACGGCAUACCUUCAGGCCUGUCCUCCUAAUGUUCAGCGAAGUGUUAGUCCGGCGUCGGGUUCGUCAGGCAGUGAAUCACUGCCUGUAUGUCAACCACAGACCAGUUCUAACGAUAGACUGUCUUUACCACAAACAAAGAGUAAUGUGACGUCCAAUAGAUCUGUGAGUCCCUGUCCGUCGACUACUAGUGAUGGGAAUAAAGAAGCGACGGUUCCCUCAAAAUUAGAUGACAUCGAGAGAGCAGAAAAAGAAGAGGCGGAGAGAAAGACUAAACUUCAGUUAUAUGUGUUUGUGUUGAGAUGUAUUGCCUACCCGUUCAAUGCCAAACAGCCGACUGACAUGACCAGGCGGUGCAAUAAGAUAACUCCUCCACAGCUCGAGCAGAUCAUCACUCGUUUCCAGUCCUUUCUGAAGGGAGAGCUUCAGAUCGCGGCCGACGAGGCCUUUCAGAAUGCGAUCCAAAACUAUUUCGAAGCCUUUCUCAACAGCGAUCGACUCAUUCUGAUGGUUCAGAGCGGCGCCUGUUCUUCACAUGACUUCAGAGAAGUCUUCAGAAACAAUAUCGAGAAACGUGUCCGAAGUCUACCAGAGAUCGAUGGCCUCAGCAAAGAGACUGUUGUGACCUCUUGGUUGGCAAAGUUUGACAGUAUAUACCGGGGCUGUGAUGACGACGUGAAGAAGUUGACGGGGACCAAGAUGCAACAAUACCAACAGCAACAACAACAAAACCUCGCUUCAGAACUCAUCCUCAGUAAAGAACAACUCUAUGAUAUGUUUCAGAAUGUCCUCAACAUUAAGAAGUUCGAACACCAACUCCUCUAUAACGCCCUUCAGUUGGAUUCCGGCGAUGAACAGGCGGCUGCCAUCAGAAGGGAAUUGGAUGGCAGGGUCCAGAAGUGCAAUGAAAUGGAAAGGAAUCGCAAAAUUAUGCCAAAGUUUGUGCUCAAAGAAAUGGAGUGUCUUUUCUUGGAAGAGGUCCGCUCUUCGAUAAACCAAUUGAUGGUUAACUUAGAGAGCCUUCCGGUGUCUAAAGGAGGGGCUGACAGUCGAUAUGGUUUGCAAAAACUCAAGCGAUAUAAUCAUAGAAGUCAGGCGUCACUCGCACGAGAAGGACUCGUUGAGGACACAGAAAUCGCUACCCUUUCCAAAGUCGAUGUUUUGCUUUCAUUUACAAUUGAAGUUGUUGUAAUGGAAGUGCGGGGUCUCAAGUCAUUGGCGCCCAGCCGUAUAGUGUACUGCACAAUGGAACUGGAGGGCGGCGACAAACUUCAGACUGACCAUGCUGAGGCAUCCAAACCAUUAUGGGACACUCAGGGAGAUUUCACAACAACUCAUCCUUUGCCUAUAGUUAAAGUCAAAUUAUAUGCCGAAAGUCCAGGUAUUCUCAGUCUCGAUGAUAAGGAACUGGGAAAAGUCAUUAUAAAGCCAACACCUCUGACUUCAAAAGCUCCGGAAUGGUAUAAAAUGAUAGUUCCCAAGAAUGCUCCCGAUCAGGACCUAACCAUCAAAAUCAUCAUAAGAGUAGACAAACCAUUAAAUAUGAAACAUUGCGGAUAUCUGUUGGCUCAGGGAAAGCAGGUCUGGAAGAAAUGGAAGAAACGCUACUAUAUUCUCGUUCAGGUCUCGCAAUACACGUUCGCAAUGUGUAGUUAUAGGGAGAAAAAGUCAGAACCGCAAGAAAUGUUGCAAUUGGAUGGAUAUACAGUCGAUUACAUUGAACCUAUUCCUGACUUAGAAGAGGGCCGAUUCUUCUUCAAUGCAGUCAAAGAAGGCGAUAGUGUUGUGUUUGCCUGCGAUGACGAGAAUGAGUCUCAUCUCUGGGUUAUGGCUCUGUAUAGGGCCACCGGUCAGGCACACAAACCAACACCUUUAAUGCAAACCCUGGGCAACAAAAAUUCAACCAUAUCUCGAUUGCAAGGAGCUAAAUCAGUGGUGGUCAACAAAGCAAAUGAUGUUGCUCUUCGGGAAUACAAAUCCGAUUUGCACACGUACUGUUCCCUGGGAUGGUUUAGUCCCGGACAGGUGUUUGUGUUGGAUGAGUAUUGCGCCAGAUAUGGGGUCAGGAGUUGUUUCCGACACCUCUCCUAUUUAUGCGAUUUACUCGAGUUUGCAGAGAAGGGCACUCUAAUCGACCCGACAUUAAUUCAUUAUAGUUUUGCAUUUUGUUCAUCACAUGUUCACGGGAACAGUACUACCGCACCCCCGAUCGGACAAAUCGCAUUCGACAUAAGACCUGAUGGCAUUGGAACCGUUACCGUCGAAGAAAAAGACAUUUACGCCGGAAUUAAAGAUAGACUCAAAUGUUUAUUAGAAUAUUCGUUUCCUUUCGGUCGACCCGAAGGCUCACUCAAAGCCACCCUUUCUUUAUUAGAAAGAGUAUUAAUGAAAGAUAUCUUAACGCCAGCCCCUCCUGAAGAGGUGAGAGGAGUGAUCAAGAAGUGCCUCGAAAACGCUGCUCUCGUGAACUACACCAGAAUCUCAGAAGUGGCCAGAAUUGAAGGCAAGUCCUCUUUAUAA